AUGAAGUCGUUUUGCAGAGGGAGCAACCUCAGAGCGUUGCUCUUACACGACGAACUACCUGAGGCUAUCCAAGACUAUCGAUCAAUAGCCCAGGAGUAUUUCGGUACAGACUUCAGAGGAACUUUGCGCCAUGACCUACAGGCAAUGGCUGGGAGCACAGAUGAAUGCUUUCCAGUGGCGAGGAAAGGCAAGGUUGUUACACUUCCUGCCAGUCAAUAUGCAAGCCUCAUAUCCUGCCUUAACCGGAUAAGUGACGGGAUUUUCUAUCAGCCAUAUGACCAGCCUCUGGAGGGUGCUCACUGUGUCCACGUGGAACCAAGAGCUGAAACUAAACGAGCGAUCAAGCUUCAUGGAGACAACUUUACCCCUGCAUGGCGCCAUGUUGGAAAUAGCCAAAUUCUUUUACGUGCAACAGCAUUAGGGUCAGGCUCACUUGCUCGUGCCGCUCAAAUACAGAAGAUCUUGGUGCACAGUCAUCCUGGACUUGGACGAUCAACAUUCUCAGAAACCUUCUUUGUUGUCAAGCUCUAUAGAGAGCUGGACGCCGCCCAGAUUCCUCUGGAUCCAUAUCGCAUCUUCCAUGCAUUAGAUGCUCGACUAUGCAUCGAUGACCUUGAGCCGGAGGAACUUGUUGUAUCAAGCACUGAUAUCAUAAGUCAUUUUGCAAGUUGCUCCAUCGACAUCGAGGGUUUGAAAGAGCGGUGUCGAGUUGUGCUCUCGCUCGAUAGGAACUUCCUUGACGACAUUGAGACCUUGCAGAGCUAA